AUGACCAGUUACGACUACAUCAUCGUCGGCGGCGGAACCGCAGGCUUGGUCCUUGCGGCACGCCUGACUGAAGACUCCUCGAAGCGCGUCCUUGUCUUGGAGGCGGGCGAUGAUUUGUCUGGGGAUACCCGUCUGGCAGUGCCGGCAAUGUGGCCAACGCUGCUGAAUACAGACGCAGACUGGAAGUUCAAGACAGUCCCUCAGCCCGGCCUCAACAACCGCACCAUCUCCUUCCCCCAGGGCAAAGUCCUCGGCGGCUCCAGCGCCAUCAACGGCCUGUCCUUUACGCACUCGUCCAAGGCAAACGUAGACGCCUGGUUCAAGCUCGGUAACCCUGGCUGGGAUUGGGCCAGCUUCUCCCAUUCGCUGGCCAAGUCAUACACCUUGACAUCGCCGUCCGCAGGAGUCACCGGCUCGGGGCCACUCCAGCUCAGCUAUCCCAAGGACAUCGAUAACGCUUGGCCCGGCAUCUGGCAGCAGACGCUCGAUGGACUGGGGUUCUCCAAGUGCGAGGACGCUGCCAAGCAGGCUUGCGGGCCCAUCUUUGUCCCGGACACCAUCCAUCCGGCGUCCAAGACGAGGAGCUUUGCCGGAAAUGCCUAUCUCGAACCGGCGCGCAGUCGUGAGAACCUCACCGUCGUUCCCAACGCCGUAGUCCGUAGAAUCCUCUUCAACAAGUAUGGAGACGCAGUCACCGCCACAGGCGUCGAAUACACCAAGGACGGCGAGACGCAAGCCGCCGCAGGCAAGGAGAUCAUCCUGACCGCAGGCACCAUCAACAGCCCCCGGCUGCUCGAGCUGUCUGGAGUGGGCGAUGCGAAGCGCCUGGAAAAGCUGGGCAUCGACGUCGUCGUCGACAACCCCAACGUCGGCGAGAACCUGCAGAACCACCCCAUGUGCGGCCUGAGCUUCGAGGCCCAGGACGACGAGAAGACCAUGGACGGCCUUGCGCGCCAGGAUCCAGCCGCCCUUCAGGCCGCCAUGGCCGCAUACGCGCAGCAGCUGGGCCCCUUUGCCAGCAGCGGCACCAACAACGCCGCCCAGCUGCCGUUCCCAGGCAUCCGAACUGCCGAGGGCAAGGCCGAGGUCGAGGAGCUCAUCAGCAAGUACAUCACCGGCGCGGAGCUGGGCGGCAACGCUGCCUUUGUCGAAACCCAGGCCGACUUUGUCCGCUCCAUCCUGACUUCGCCCGACGAGGCCUCGGGAUACUACAUCUCGUUCCCGGGCUACGCGGCCUUCAACCCCGACGGCACAAUGGCGCCGCCGCCCGCCGGCACCGGCAAGCACUUCUCCAUUGCUCUCCUGCUGACGCACCCGCUCUCGCGAGGCUCCGUCCACAUCACGUCCGCGACCGACGUGGCCAUCGACCCUCGCUACUUCUCGCAUCCCCUCGACAUUGAGAUCCUCGCGCGCCACCUCCGCUUCGUCGAGUCCAUUGCCAGCGCCGAGCCGCUCGCCAGCCACCUCAAGGCGGUCGAGAGGCGCAACGCGGCCGUCGACCAGGCCAAGGAGUACCUGCGCCGAACUGCGGUGGGCGCUCACCACUUCACCGGCACCUGCUCCAUGAUGCCCGAAGCCCUGGGCGGCGUAGUAGAUGCCCAGCUGCGCGUCUACGGCGUCUCCAACCUGCGGGUUGCUGAUGCCAGCAUCAUCCCCCUGACGCCGCGGGCGAAUCCUCAGGCGACGGUGUAUGGCGUGGCUGAGCAUGCGGCAGCCAUCAUCAAGGGGGGAGUCCUGUGA